ACAGCAGGCAGCGAAGGGUCGGGCAAGCUUUGGAGAAGAGAUGCCCGGCAAACAGUCAGAUGAGGAACAGGUGGAGACGGGGGCUGCGGAGAACUUGGCCGAGGAGGACCUAGGGGGCCUCACGGCAGAGGAGCUCCGGCAGGGCCAGGAGGCAGCCCUGGAGCUAGAGGACAUGAUGGCGCUAAGUGCCCAGACCCUGGUCCGAGCCGAGGUGGACGAGCUUUACCAGCAAGUGCGUCCCCUGGGCCAGGGCCGCUUCGGCCGGGUCCUGCUGGUCACCCAUCGCCAGAAAGGCACUACCCUGGCCCUGAAGGAACUCCCAAAGGCCUCCACGUCUCUCCGCGGCUUCCUGUAUGAGUUCUGCGUGGGCCUCUCGCUGGGCACACAUUCGGCCAUAGGCGGCUACGGCAUCGGCAUCGAGUCCGCCACCUCCUACAGCUUCCUGACGGAGCCUGUCCUGUGGGACCUCAUCACCUUCAUCCAGCCCAAGGUGGGCCGCCCGCAGCCGGCCGUACAGCGCUGCGCGGCUCAGCUGGCCUCGGCCCUGGAGCACAUCCACUCCCGCGUGGUGUACCGGGACGUCAAUCCCGAGAACGUGCUGGUGUGCGACCCUGCCUGCCAGCGGGUCAAACUGACCGACUUCGGCCACACGCGGCCCCGCGGGACCCUGCUGCGCCUGACCGGGCCGCAUCCCUACACGGCCCACGAGCUCUGCUGCCCCCCGCCCCUCCCCGAGGGCCUGCCCAUCCAGCCUGCCCUGGACGCCUGGGCGCUGGGUGUCCUGCUCUUCUGCCUCCUCACCGGCUACUUCCCCUGGGACCAGCCCCUGGCCGAGGCCGACCCCUUCUACGACGACUUCAUCUGGCAGGCGUCCGGCCAGCCCCGGGACCGUCCGCAGCCCUGGUUCGUGACGCCGGCGGCGGACAGUCUCCUGUGGGGGCUGCUGGAUCCUCGCCCCCGCAAGAGGAGCCCCGUGGGCUCCGUCAGGGACUACCUGGGGCGUCCCUGGAGGCAGCGGGAGGGGGAGGCUGAGGCGGUGGAUGAGGGGGACGGACAGGAGGACGGAGAGUGAGCGGGCACAGCCUGAGCCCGCCUUCCUGCAGACUCUGGAAGGGAGCCGGGUGGGCCCCACAUCCUGAGGUCUCCUCCGCCUUCACGGGGUGGCUGGUGGCUUCCCUCUCACCUCUUCGCCCCUCUCGGCCUUCCUUUCGUCCCGCGUGGGCAUUCCGUGACCCUCGCGUGGCCUGGGGGCCUCCGUUGUCACCGUCGCCAUCUGCCCCGGGGCUUUGGCAAACGCCGGUGCCUUUGCCUGUGGUCUCCCGGCUCAUUUCCUCACCUCCCGCUCCUCAGCGAAGCCCCCCACCCCCCACCGGGCAGCCGCAUGUCUUCGCUCUCUGCCCCCCUUCCCUCUGUGACGUACACGUGGGUCUGUGUCCUGCUGGGGGACAGGGGUCCAGCCUGUCCUGGGGGGUCCCCCACGUAGCUGUCUCUGUCCUGGUCCAUAGCAAGGGGCCGGGGAAUGCGUGUACAAUAA